GGGUUUUAUUUAUGGAAGAACUAUUCUGUACAAUUCUCGGACUUCCGAUAUGAUAUGCAGCUGUUCGUCCCUUCUCUUUGCGGGAGCUUCACAUGAACAGCUACAGGCUGUCUAUUCCCCGCGAAGUCUGGACUUGUCGAUUAGGCCAUUGAGACGUCCAUUAAAUGUCGGUGCAAACGGAAUCACCGUUCACUGUUCCAUUGAGGACGAUGCCGCAGAGAAAUCCUGCACAUUUAGAAGAAGUGGCCAAUGGCCGCAUCGCUCACACAUUGACCGCUUGUACACGGUGUAGACAGGUAUAUCCAGCCUUCUCCGGCCCCUUGCCUGUGCCGCUGAUGUUGUACUAUAUCCUGUGCCCCUCAUUCUCGUUCCACCGCUUUUGAAUGUGAUGUCCUUCUCUUAUGAUCUGCCUCCUACAUUUGCCACCGCUAAUAUUUAGGAAUGCAGAGAAAAUCGAGAUGCGACCCCGGGAUACCGCGAUGUGAGCCCUGCCAGCGAUCUAAUGCGAAGUGCGUUUACUACGACCCAGCGAGAAAUCGAACUAUCUCAAGGACGUAUAUAUUGCAAUUGCGCGAAAGGAUAAAAAUGCUCAGCCAGGAAUUAGCGCAGGUUGAGAGCGAAAUAAGCCAUUCUACUGAUGCCGAAUUCAUGGUUCGCGGAGCAGGGCUCAUUAAGUUUAAAGAGACGGAUGAGCCUAGAUUUCUGGGGCCGUCAAGUGGCAUCACGAUUACUCGGCUCGUAAUGGAAAUAGCAAAGCAAAAUACAAAUUCGAAGAGCAUUAAAGAAGUCGUAAACGAGGCUACCGCACAGGAAAUCAAAUAUGCGUUUACGCUGGAGAGCCAAAAACCAACCUCGAAAAUAUAUCCAAUGAUAAGUUCUGUUGCGGAGCCUAAUCUCCCACCACGGGAAUUAGCUUACAGACUAGUUGAUAUAUUCAUGGCCAAAGCUCAAUACAUGCUUCCCACCUUGCAUGAACCUUCAUUUCGCCGGGAAAUAGAUGCUGUCUUGGACGGAUCCCAGGACCCUUGUCAUAAUUUCCAGGCUCGCCUUGUCAUUGCGAUCAGCAUGCAGAAGCUCAGCCCACAGUAUGCGGGAUUAGCUGACAGUUACUAUCUGGCUGGGCUUUCUUUCUUAGAUGCCUCAAUAAAAAGGAUGGACUUAUCCACUCUGCAGUGUUUAGCACUCAUCGCCCAGUAUUCAAUAUUGACGCCAACAAGGACUGCCGCGUAUUGGGUAGUGGGAGUCGCCGUAAAACUUUGCCAAGAUCUAGGUUUAACCGAUGAGGCUACAAUUACGAAGUCACCUUCGGGCCCGCUCGAUUGUCUCGAACUAGACAUGCGAAGGCGGCUAUUCUGGAUUAUAACGUCAAUGGAAUAUGGCCUCUCUCAUAGCCUUGGUCGGCCGAGUGCUUUUGCGGUAACUCACGAUCAUAUAAAUAUGGAAUUCUUCUCUAUGGUUGAUGAUCGUUUCAUUACACGCGGGGGUAUUCUUCCCGGCAGCCAACCAAUUAUGAAAAAGUGCAUUGCAAUUCAUUUCUUUAAAAUGAGACUUCUCCAGGCCGAAAUCCGACGAACGCUCUAUCUUAAAAAGCGAGAUAGACCGCUUGAUGACAAGGAUCCAUGGUUUACUACCAUGUUAGCUAAACUUGACCGCUGGGUCACUUCAUGCCCGAAAAAUGAUGAGGGUAGUGGCCUUAGCGAAUUAUGGUUUACCGGAAGGCGGAAUACGAUGAUUGUAUUCAUGUUUCGACCAUCCCCACAGAUCCCGGAACCUUCCCUUGAGGCUGCGAGGAGAUGUUACGAUGCCUCCACCUUCAACAUAAAAAUGCAUAAAACUCAAGUCGCGACGGGUUCCGUGGACUUGACUUGGGUUUUCACCCAAUCUGUAUUUAUGGCAUUGAAUACUAUACUCUGGUCUCUUUCUUAUCCUUCGAUUCGACAGGAGCAUACCAUCGACGAAGUUAAAAGCCAUAUUGCCGUUGCCCUAGACAUAAUCAUCGUGAGUGCAGAGCGAUGGCCAGGGGUGGAAUCAGCCCUCCAACUUUAUAGAAACCUUAUUGCUGGCUGUCUCAGGGCUUAUGGCACCGAUGAAUCUUACGUGGUGAAGUCUCCAUCCAACCGUCCCUCUCCUUCCUCGUCGCAAGAAGCUACGACCCCUCCAGCUCUAUCCAGUCCCUGUAGCGAUGCUACCGUAUCUGUCACCUCAUCUCGCCAUACAACAAUCGGAGAACGUGUGACACCGGACCCAUCCCCAUCACUCUCCCGAGCAAACCCCAACCUCGUUAAUCCUCCACAGCCAUAUCCAAUUUGUGUAGGUCGAAACCCAUCACCUGGUUCAUCAGAAGCGACUACUUCGCCAGCACCCUUCAUACCACAGACCAAAUACCAACAGCCAACCCAGCCCAUGGAGCCGGUGGUAACGACAUCCUACGCACCUCCAGCUGCCAACUCUGGUGACCCAGCGUUUGAUCCGAAUUCCCUAUAUAAUCAUUUUCCUUCUGUACUCCCAGGUUUACAGCACUGGGAUCCGAAUUAUACUGCAGCAUCGACUACAGCGGGUUAUCUCUCUUAUUCCAAUGCCAACGUUGACCCAUUGUUCUGGCUAGGAUCCAUUGGGGACCAGUACUCCCAAUUCUUCAACCAGCAAUACCCCACAGAUGUUCGGGGACGAAGCUUAACCCAAGAAGAACAUAUGGAGCUAAUGGCAAAUUUGGUCCAGAACCCCCCAGACGCUUCAUGCCGCAGUAAUGAGCCAAUGGCAUACUACAGUUGUGACAUGCCGUAAAGUCCCCCCUCUCUCUGUGUGUGCGAUUUACCCCUCGCGUGAUAGCCUUGAUUAUUAGGGUGGUGUAAUAUGUACUGUACAAAAUAAAAUCUUGGCCUUGUUAUUAUUAAAAGGUCGGUAUAACAGGAUCUUUUGCGUAUGUUGCGUGUAGUUUGACGUCGCAUUAUAGCGAACUGUGAAAAACAUAGACAUUCGUGAUCACUUUAUUUGACAUACUAGUAUUUUUCAUUCAUUUCGAUCCGUGGAGUGCCAUAUCCUUUUCUGGGCAUCGUUCAUUUUAUAUCCUUGGCUAUGAGUUAAGCCUGUUAUGAGGCGUGAGGGGAAACAGCCACAUCUAGAUGCCGG